CUGUUGCCAAGGCACGGGCGGCAGCGGCGUCGGGGGCGAUGGCGGCGGGGUCGGGCCCCGGCCGGGAGCUCCUGGCCGAAGAGGCCGCGCUGGAAGUGAGCUGGGUUCAGGGAUUCUCAAACAAGAGCUUUGGCUUUAUCAACAAUCAAACUGUCUGCUACCCCUGUGGUAAUUACAUCCUUUUCCUGGACGUUGAAACAAAGAAGACAACAGCACUACAGUGUCAAACGGGCCCAGUGGGAGCCUUUGCAGCAAAUGCCAGCAGUGAAGUGGUGGCCUUUUCCGACCAGAAGCUGAACCCCAUCAUAUAUAUCCACCAUUUUCCAGAACUGAAUAAACUGACAGAAUUAAAAGGUAGUGCUCAGCUGGACUACACCUUACUUGCGUUUAGUUUCACAGGCCCGUAUUUAGCCAGUUACUCCUCCAUCCCAGAAUUUGUUCUUUCAGUAUGGAACUGGCAAGAAAAUAUCCUCCUGUGCAGUGAGUCUCAGCCAGGGAUAACAGCGACCUCUUUAAGUUUUAACCCUAUGAAUUGGCAACAACUGUGUUUUGUUGGGGAGAGCUCCGUUACCAUCUGGCACAUUGAAAGGAUUGAGGACGAGCAUCACCUUAAGCGAAACCCUGUGGAACUCCCUGAUGAACAAGGGUCCAUAAGUCCUCAUGAGGAUUUGUUUUUCCCCGUUUCUCGUAGUGAUGAUCCAUACCAUGGCCCUGACUUGCCAGUUUCAGCCAUUGCUGGACUGGUAGGAGAUGAAGCAGAAACAUUCGUGCCUAGAAAUAGUAUUAAGACUUCUGUGCAUCCCACUGCCCACUGCUGGACUGCAACCUCAGAAAUAUAUAUGGGCUGUAAAGAAGGAUAUAUUUUGGCAAUUGAUGCUGACAAACACAGAGUUUCUAUUCUUCAACCAAAACCCCCACCUGAGUACAUGCAGAAAAUAUCGGAUGUGGUGUCAUAUGUUCGUAGAGAAGUACAGAAAAAGAAAGGUGGCGAACUAAGUGAUCGGCAAAACCCAGUAUUUUCCAUGGCAUUUUGUAAUGAAGGACUAUACGCAGCUGGAAGGGAUGGCAUUUUAUUGUUUUAUCACAUCAAAGAUCUGCAGUAUGAGAUGAAAGUCUGUGCUGAUAUCUCAGAAUCCAUAUCUAGCCUCAUAUUCUCUCCUGAUUACGCCAGUCUUCUGCUUGUCACUGACCAGGGACCAGUCUAUAGUUACAAACCUGCCCACAGUGGAGAAGCUGUCAAACUUUUGGACACAUGCAGCAGUUGUUUUCUGGCAGCUGAUUUUCUUACUCCAGGGAACAAGUACUGUGUGUCUGUAACAAUUUCAGGUGAAGUACAAGUUUGGCUCCUGGAAGAUGGAACUUGCCUUGGCAAGCUAAACCUUGAUAUUGAGGCAACUGCUCUGGCUUGCUGUCCCUCCUCCAACAGUGUUGCUGUAGGGACCAAAAGAGGUCAAAUCUAUUUCCUUGAUGUUACCAAAGCUGAAGCUCCACGAGUUAUUCACAGAAUUUUUCUUUCCAACUUUCCAGUGCUGUCUUUGCAUUAUGAUCAGAGUGGCCAGUUCCUCAUUGCAAGAACUACAGAAGGACAUGUCUUUAUUCUAGAUGCUCGACCAUCAAAAUUAUUCCAAGUUCUGGGGUAUAUAGUGUUAGCAGAUGAAGUGCUCGAUCUUUCUGUAGUUUCUGACCUUAAGAAUGACUUAGUUGAAGUAAUGGUACUUCUUAAUGGAGCAGAGGUCCAACGGGCAAGACUGGAAAUUUUUUGUUUCUCUUCAGCAAUCACAACAGAUAAUGAUAAGUGUGUGAAUGACCAAGGAAUGUUUAAUGCUAGUGCCUUUAAAAAGAAGCAGUAUGAGCUGGAUUACCCUUUGAGCUCAGCGGUUAAAUUGAAGGAUAACACUGUGUAUGGCUACUUUACCUGUGCACCUUUCAUCUGUAAAUACCAUCUCUCUGAAGAGAAUAUGUUGGAAGAUCCACCAGUAUUUUCAUCAGAAAAGAGGAUUCCUAGCAAUCAGUUUGGAUCAGGUUUCCUCUGUGUAUCACCCAACAGCCAGUGGCUGGCAGCAGCAGCAAAAGAUGGUGUUCUGUUUAUCUACAAUAUUUCUACUAUGGAUAUACUUGCUCGAAAGCCUUGUCACUCAUAUCAAGGAGGGGGAAUCAGAUCCGUGAUGUUUUCACUGGAUGGCAAUUUCAUCCUCGUUAAUGAUGAAAACGAUGGUGCUCUGGUGUGUCUGAGAUGGAAGAAGAUAAAGAAAACUGAAGUUGAGGAAGCUGCUUUUUACUGGCAAUCUCUUCUUGAUAUACUGAACAAGUCUACUUCAAAUGAAAAUGCUGUUUUAAAAUCUAUGGCAGAAUGGCAGUUUGACCCAGGAUCCACAUCAAAAUCACUUCCAGAAGAGAAAUUUAAGGAGGCACCACUGAAAUCUUCCAGUGUAGAUGUGAUAGAAGAAGAUGGAAACGUCACAAAUACCAAUGACAUGACAUGGAUAGGUCAGAAAAUACAGAAGGUCAUUAGAGAAGAGACUCAGAGGUUUGCUAACCAGAAGCAAGAGCUGCAAAUGGGAAUUAAAAAGCUGCGUCAAACUAUUCAGCAAAUGAUGCAUGAAAAUGAGCAGGUGCCAGACAUUGAGAAACUGGAGCACCAGGAGUUCAACCUGGAUAUGGAAGAACAGGAAAGACUGCAAGCAGAGGCUGAACAAGAAGUGGCCAGGGCAAGGAAGGCGAUUGAGAUGGAGAAUUUAUCCAACUGCUAUUUGCAGGAUUUCAUCAAGUAUGAGUGCUGGGAUGCUUUGUGUGUAAAAGGACGUGCAGUUAAGUGCUUCCAUAUGGACUGUGAAGUGAAGAAUUAUCCCCUGGAGGAACGCAGUAAAGAAGAGCUGGAAACUUUGGAGAAAGUUCUCCGGUUAAAGGAUACCGAGACAGCUAAUCUUAAGGUUCAGAAGGAAGAUCUUGAGACUGAGUCUGAGACUGUAUUAUCUGAGGAAGAAGGAAAGAAGGAAGCAAAAGCUGUGGCUGAUGAUGGUGAAUCUUUCUGCCUGAUUGGAAGUCUGAGCUCUCAGUAUGGUGGAGACACAUCUAUCCUAUAUCACCAGUGUGAUUUGCACACCAAGGAGCAGAGAGUCAAUCAGAUAGUAUUGUUGAAGGACAUCAUUUACAAAGUGAAAACUGCUUUUAAUAAGGAAUUUGACAUAGUUGCACAACAAAAGGAGCAGGAGAUAGCACGAGUGAAAGAAAGAAACCUGAGGAUCCGAGAAAUCUUGGAACAACUUGACCUCCAAGUGGAAGUGUGGGAGCCAGCUCUUACAGAUGAUGAGAUGCCAGAGCGAGCACUUACUGUUCAAGAUUCAGAGAUUAAAGCUGAGAAAUACUUGACUCAAGAGGAGAAAGAAAAAGCAGAAAUGCUGGCUAAGCUUGAAAUGGAAAAACGCCUUGCAGCUACGGAUGAUGACAGACUGCGUGCUCUUGAUGACAUGAUGGGUGGAGUGCUGGAAGUCAGAAAGGAAGACAUCCUGAAAAUGAAUAUUCCUCCACCUCCUUUUAUAUCCAAGCCUGAAGAUCUUUGGAGUGAUGAAGAAAAGAAAAUAUUUGGAGAAUAUGAGAAAAAAGUCAAGGAACUGAAUGAAGAAAAAGAAGAGUAUAAAAAAACACUGGAAAAUGAAUGGAAGAAACUUGAAGCUUCCAUCCAGGAAACAACACAACAUUUUGAUGAGACUGUCUGCAAACUCUCUGAAAGGAAAGUGAAAUCAGAGAUGGUCAUCUACCAGGAAGAGCUCAAAAUAGUCAAUCUCACUUGUGCUUUACUGUUGGAUGAAGAAUUGGACACUAGAGAAGCUGGACUUCAUAAUUGCCUUAUAAAAAAGAAGAAAGAAAAAAAUCUGGAACGUCGUUUUAGAAAGCAGUUUGCUGACACACCUGACGAUGUCCUUGAUGAACUUCACCGACUUUACACGCAUCGACCGAAGAGCCCAAGGACAGAAAUGCUCCUUGACACACCUAAUCCAUAUGGGAAUUGUUCAGGCUCUGAGGAUUACAAAGAUGCACUUACCCUUUUAAUGAAAGCCAUGGAUGAACUGGAUAGUCCUGAGCACAUGCCUGAAGGCUUAGAGCAGUCUAUAUGGAAAAAUUUUUGUCUAGCUAGACGAAAGAAAAUGGAGAGUGAGGAGCUGGUGAAAAGGAAGGCCCUUACACUGGCAGACAUGCAGGCCUUUUUGCAGAGAAGAAUGGAUGAAAAUGAGAAGAUGAAGUCACAAAUAGAGAACAUUUUCAAUGAACUCACUUGGUUGCAGGAGAAGAAGAUGAAACUUCAGCAGAAUUUGACUGUCCAGUUUGUGCUAAAACAAGGACAGGUGGAAUUGGAAAAUACUGAGAUCCCAGACUACUCUGAUGCUAUUCUCAUUAAAAAGAGUGUUGUUGAAGAACUGAAUUGCUCUAUCUCGACUCAAGGAGAAAAAAAAAUUGCUGCUAUAAUAGAAUUCAAAGACUUCUCUAGAGGGAUACGUCGGCUGGAAUGGGAGCACAAGAAAAUGAGAAUGCAGAUAGAAGAUCUGAAAGAGAAGGCUCGGGACAUUGUAAUACUACCUAUUUCAAAAGACUGCCAGCUAUUCCUAACCGUGCAGAACUAUGGCAGCCACAUCGCCCAGCACAUUGCAGGGCUGGAGGAGACUCUUCGUUUCAUGGAUAAGUUGCACGAGAAGAAUGUGAAGAACCAUCAGAAAAAAAUUAGAGAGCUGAAGAAGAGCAUCCGUUUAAAAGAGGAAGCGAACUAUGAGCUGAGCCUGCAGCUGAAGGAAAUGCUUGUCUCUGUUUCAGAAAGGAGGCAUAUCUUUGAGGCAGCUGACACACGGGAUAUUUCUGAAAAGAUUACAAAGCAGCGUUACCAAGAGAUUUUGAAGCAGAAAAACCUACGGGAUCUUAUAAAGGAACAGAAAGAAGAGUUUGCAAGUCUUCAAUCAGAACUUGAAAUACUGAGAACAAGAACACCCCCUCAUAUAUAAAGAACAGAGUCCAGGUAGAUCUAUAAUACCAUGGUCUUGUCUAAGUAAAAGAGCUUUGACAGCUAAUUUCUCUCCCUGAACUUUUCUUUCCACAAAAGAUUUCUUCUGUAAUUUCCUUAAAAAUAACUGCACUUUGAAAGAUGGAUGUUUGUCUGGUUUGCAUAUUUUACACCUGGUCUUAUCCCCAUUAUACUUCAGUUGAUGAGAUUUAUUUCUGCUGGUUUCAUUAUAUAAACCAUAUAGCUCAUUAUAGAAAACAAAGGGUACAAGAAAUUGCAGACUGAGAAGAACAGGUGUAUUUGUAUGUCCACUGUCUGCAAUAUGCAAUUGUAGAACAUUUUAAAGUACUGCAAGCAAUCUCUGAAUUUCCAUCUGCUAAAAUUCAUGUCUGUGGCUUUGACUUAAUAUAUUUACACCUGUGAUGGCACACGUAUAGGUUGCUGAGAAGAUGUAGAUGCGCUUCGUCAGGGCCAUGUGUGCUACUUGGCCCAGUCCCAAAAGCUGCUGUGCCUUCACAGCAUAAUUACCCACAGCCAGCAGUAGCUGUGGCUGCUGCCCACUGGCAGAAUCACAGGAAAACCAGGUUUGGAAGCAUCUGGCCUCCUGAAAUAGUUUCUGGCAUCUCCCACCCCUUUGCACUGAUGCAGUCUGUUCUCCUGCCAAAUCCCUCAAAGACACCUAAGAAAAAUAAAGAACCUGUGAUAAAAUUAACUACUGCUAGAGCCUGAUCUACUUACUCAGUCAUUCUCACUGCCUUUUAUUUCCCUGUUUCCCAUGGUGUGAAAUAAUUAUUCUUUCAUAAAUUCA